AUGGUCGCGGUGGAGGACCCGGAAUCCUUCUUCGCCACCGCGCCGCCGCUGGGGGACGCCGGCGCCGUCGCCGCCAGGCUGCAGGAGUUCGUCGCGCGCAACUCUUCCCACCCCUCGUCAGAGGGCGGCGGGCGGCGGCGGAUCGUGUGCGUCACGUCGGGCGGGACGACGGUGCCGCUGGAGCAGCGGUGCGUCCGCUACAUCGACAACUUCAGCUCCGGCCACCGCGGCGCCGCGUCCACCGAGUAUUUCUUAAAGGCUGGUUAUGCUGUCAUCUUCGUCCAUCGACGUGGGAGCUGCCAACCUUUCUGUAGGUUCCUGCCUGAUGAUUCAUUUCUCAAAUUCUUUGAUGUAACUACAGAGUCGAAGGUUCAAGUGGUUGAGUCCCACACGACGGUGGUAAAGAAGGCAAUUGGGGAGUAUAGCAAGGCUAUUGAAGGAGGCGCUCUGCUGAAACUCCCAUUCACCACGAUAUUUGAAUAUCUUCAGUUACUGAAGAUGGUGGCUACAUCAAUGAGCUCUGUGGGUCUCCACGGGAUGUUCUAUCUCGCUGCUGCUGUAUCCGACUUUUAUGUUCCAUGGGAUAGCAUGGCCAAACAUAAGAUUCAGUCAGCCGGAGGCCCACUGGAUAUGAAGCUAAGUCAGGUCCCCAAAAUGCUUUCAGUUCUUCGAAACCAAUGGGCUCCCAUGGCCUUCUGCAUAUCUUUCAAGCUGGAGACAGAUUCAGAGAUUCUCAUUCAGAAAGCAGAAAUGGCUCUGCACAAGUACAAGAUGAACGUUGUUGUGGCCAAUCUGCUUGCAACCUACAAAGAGGAGGUCGUCGUCGUCUCCAAUGGCGAAAGAAACACUAUCCGGAGGUGCAAUGCGGAUGAGGAUCUGGAGGAGCACAUUAUCAAGCUCCUAGAGAAGAGCCACUCAAACUACAUCUAUAGCAGCACAGAUGAUGGGUGCAACAAGAAUGACUACGAAACGCUUGUACCGUUGGGCAUCAAAAGUCUGGCUUAAGGUAAAUACUGAUUGAUGAUAUAUGCGAGUCAAAAUAACAAGAAAGUCCCUUCAACUCUGAGAAGUCUCUACAAAUGUAAUGUGAACCGCUUCUGGUAUGUAUGUAAUGUAAACAGCACUAAUAUAUUUGUUAUCUUCUUUUUUUCUUUCCGUGAAAACACACGGGAAAAAAGAAGGAUAAAAGUCGGAUGUAUCAUUUC